CCACCAAUCAGCUAGUGUGCUUCCUGAAGCAGAGCCUGUUGCUCACCAUAGUUAGGAUUGUUGAGAUGUCUGCAGGUAAAAAAAAAAAUUGUGGAUCGGUAGGAAACAAACUCAGUGUCUCUGUCAAGCUGUUGCGAAGAGGUUGACCGAACAGGUAUUACUUAAAAUGGAAGGAAGAAAGAAAUUUUUGGAAAAUUUUCGUCUAAAAACGAAAAUGCCCAACAUCAAGAAGCCACGUAAAAAGCUGCUUGCCAAACAGCCAAGGAAUCUGGCCAAUCGCCGGAGCAUUUCUGUACCAGAUCUAAGCUUUAUUCCAGGCGAAGCGAGUUCUACUGAAAGUGCUGCACUGCCUUCCCCUUCUGAGGCCAUCUACUUUGGGAUCUCUCCUGGUAUGAGUGAUACAGAUUCGAUUGCUAGCAGCUCCAUCCCUGAAGGACCGCUUUUUGCCGAGAAAUUCACUGAGUCUCUCUCAGAGAUUCAAUACAGGUCUCAUCUGCGUAAAGCUCCAGUUUCAUCGCCAAGCAGAUUAAGUGCUCCUCCAGCCUAUGAGGAUGGGAUCUUCCUGAAGAAUUCAAGCCCAAAAAGCCAAAGGAAUGAUGAUCUUAACCUUUCUGCUCAAGAGGAUAAAAAGCCCAUGAAAAACAUCCAAAAGUUCGUAUUUGAGAACAUUAAAGAACCAGAAAGCGACCAAGGGGAGAAGGAGAGUCUGUCUGAUGAAAAGCCUCAAACUCGCAGAAGGAUGUCUGAUGUCGUUGCGGGACUCAUCCCCAGAGCAAGUUCCAUGGGAGAUGAAAGACGUCCUCACAUUGAGAAGAGGACCGUGAUGUUCGACACAAGAAAGCCAGUGUUUGAAAAGCUCGUUUUACAAACAAGCCGACCAAACUCCUCCGCAGAAAGGCUGUCCUUACACGAUGCUCAAUUUGACAAUGCAGAUGCUUCAUCUCUUUAUUCUGCCUGUGGCACUCCUAGUGAGGAACAAGUCAACAUGUCCUGGCCAACGACCUGGGAGGAGGAAGACCUUGAACAAACAUCCUCUUCCUCUCUGCUGAGAGAAAUCUCAAUGGAUGAGGGUCUUCUUGACCUGGAAAACGCAGAUGAGUCUCUAGAGGAGAACUCUGCAGAAGCCUUCGAAGACUUUGAUGAAAAUAUUACAGACCCAACAGAAGAACUUGUGAGCCCUGAUGUUCAGUCACCCUCCCCGUUCCAGAGGUACCUGCUGAGUAUUAACUUAAAGUGUGGCCGUAAUCUGGUCGUCAGAAGCAGGCGUUCUGCUACAAGUGAUCCUUAUGUGAAGUUCAAACUUGAAGGAAAGCAGUUCUAUAAAAGUAAAGUGGUUUACAAGGACCUCAAUCCACGAUGGAACGAGUCCUUCUCUCAUCCUCUUCGAGACAAAGACCACGAUGUGGAACUUCGGGUCUACGAUAAAAAUCUCACAGCUGAUGACUUCAUGGGUUCUGCCACUAUUUCUCUGAGAAACCUUGAGUUGCACAAAACACAUGAGCUGGAGCUGCGGCUUGAGGACCCUAAGAGCAAAGAAUCCGACAUGGGAGUCAUCAUUGUCGAAGUCCGCUUGAUGUUCCGAGAUGCCACAGUGAAAAGAGGCCCUAGAUUCCGUCCAAAAAAGAAACAGCAAAACCAGAACCAAACUCCACGCACAUCGGACCUACCAAAGAAUAAUCUGAAGAACCAAGUGUGGUCCGGUGUAUUUCACAUCACCCUGGUGGAGGGACAAGACCUGCCACAGUAUGGCCAGGGUGACGUCUAUGUCCGCUUUCGCCUCGGUGAUCAGAAAUACAAAAGCAAGAACCUUUGCAUUCAACCGAAUCCCCAGUGGAGAGAGCAGUUUGACUUCAAUCAAUUUCAAGACAACCAGGAACCUCUGCAGGUGGGGUCUCAAGGGAAAGGGACAAUCAUGGAAUGGCCCAGAAGCAAAACCAACUCCUUCUGUGUUAUCGAACUAGGAAACUGCAAACUUCAAACUCACACUGUUUACAGGACAGUCAAUCCGGAGUGGAACAAGACCUUUACAUUCCCUAUAAAGGACAUUCAUGAUGUAGUGGAGGUGAAUGUCUUUGAUGAAAACGGUGACAAAUCCCCAAACCUUUUGGGAAAACUAGCAAUCCCUUUACUGACGGUUCAAAACGGUCAGCAGAUCUGUCUGCUCCUGAAGAAAGAAGACCUGGGAAGAACUGCUAAAGGAACCAUCACACUGGUGCUGGAGGUUAUUUUUAACAAAGUCGGAGCUGGUGUCAAAACCUUCCAACCAAAAGGGGCAAAACUAAUUGAGGAAAACUCCAAGUUCAACAAGAAGAUCCUUGCCAGGAAUAUAUAUCGGGUGCGAAAAAUCAGCACAGCAGUUCUGUACACGUUACAGUACAUUAAAAGCUGUUUUCAAUGGGAGAGCACACAACGAAGUCUAAUAGCCUUUCUGAUUUUCCUGGUUACAGUAUGGCACUGGGAGCUUUUCAUGCUGCCUCUCUUCCUGCUGCUGCUCAUCGGCUGGAACUACAUCCAGCUCUCCAGGGAAAAGGCCAGCUCCAACCAGGAUCUGGUGAACAUGGCCAUGGGUGACGACGAAGAGGAAGACGAAAAGGAAUCUGGCAAAAAGGGUUUGAUGGAUAAAAUACAUAUGGUCCAGGAAGUGGUGCUGGUUGUCCAGAAUGUUUUGGAGGAAAUCGCCAACAUCGGGGAGCGAGUCAAGAACAUAUUCAACUGGUCCGUGCCAUUCUUGUCAUGCUUGGCCUGCCUGAUGCUGUUUGUGGCAGCCUCACUAUUGUAUUUAAUCCCAUUACGGUACAUUGUGUUAGUAUGGGGCAUUAACAAAUUUACCAAGAAACUGCGCAACCCAUAUAGUAUUGACAGUAAUGAAAUACUGGAUUUCCUCCAGAGGGUGCCUUCUGAUGUUCAGAAGGUGCAGUACAGUGUGCUGAGAGCACCCACUGGACAAAACCAGCCAAAAAAGAAGAAGUAAGCACAGUAGAAAUGCUGGAUGAAAGGCUGGUCUUCCUUUCUGUCUUCUCCUCUUUUUUUUUUCGUUUCUUUUUGUUUUUUGCGUUACUUUGCAAUCCACCUGACAACAAUGCUCCAGAACCAACUGAACCUGUGACCUCACAUACCCAGCCGCACCACCCCGACGCUGCCUCCUGCUGCUGAGGGGCAGCCAGCCGCUCCGUGCCUUGUGUGUUUGCCACCCCCCCUGACAGGGGCUGUGAACUGAAGCAGCUAGGAGGGCAGCACAUGCUGCUGUCAAUCACAAGCUGGGAGGUAAAAAAAAAAAAAAAAA